CCCUCACGCCCUCGUUGUCUUUGCAGCCGGGAUGUUCCUGGGCAAGUGCGAGGCGGAGCUGGUGUCGUCGUCGUCGCUGCUGCUGCGCAAGGAGGCCGAGUCCGAGGUCGGCGGUGGCGGCGGGGAGGUGGUCCCAGAGGUGGCGGCAGAGGGUCUGGAGCCCCCCAAGAAGAAGCACCGGCGCAACCGCACCACCUUCACCACGUACCAGCUGCACGAGCUGGAGCGCGCCUUCGAGAAGUCCCACUACCCGGACGUCUACAGCCGCGAGGAGCUGGCCAUGAAGGUCAACCUGCCCGAGGUCCGCGUCCAGGUGUGGUUCCAAAACCGUCGGGCCAAGUGGCGCCGGCAGGAGAAGAUGGAGUCGGGGGCGUCCCGGCUGCACGAGGCCCCGCUGCUCUCCUUCGGGCGCCCCCCGCUGGCCCCGGGCGUGGGGCCCCUCCCCCUGGACCCCUGGAUGCCGGCCCCCCCGGGCCCCCCAGGCGGCACCCUCCCCGGCCUGGCGGGCUUCAUGGGCUCAGGGCAGGGCCUCCCCCCGCCGGGCUACGGGCCGCUCCCCUUCCUCAACGGGCCCCAGCCGCUGCCCCAGAGCAUGGGGGGCUUCCCGUGCGGCGCCGCCGCCGUGGGGGGGCCGCCGUUCCCGCUGGAGGAGGCCGACCAGCGCAGCUCCAGCAUCGCCGCCCUGCGGCUCAAGGCCAAGGAGCACAUCCAGACCAUCGACAAGACCUGGCAGCCCAUCUGAGCGGGGCUUGGGGGGCGGGUCACGGCCCAGCGAAUCCGGACACAGCCUCACAGGGGGAUAGGUAUCGACUUUGGGGUCGCACUGGGCCUGUCGAAAUGAGAGACUUGGCCCUCUUCCCCCCGGGUCUUCAGUCCGCCGGUCGCGGUUCCAAGAGUCCGGACGUCAAAUCGUACAACAUCGAAGAGACUUAGUUUCCGGAUCCUGGCCUGAGACUAACCGGUUCAACGCCCGGCUCAUCUGAAAACUAUUUUCUCACUUGUUUGACUCAAAACAUAAAGAUAU